AUACAAGAGUGUAACCCUUGUAAUCACAUCACAUACAAAUGGAGACCUUCACUCUUCUCCUUACCCUAACAGCUGCUCUCUCUGCCUAUUUCCUUUGGUUCCAUCUCCUCGCACGAACCCUAACUGGUCCAAAAGCAUGGCCCUUCAUCGGUAGCCUCCCGGGCCUAUUCAAAAACCGGAACCGAGUUCACGAUUGGAUCGCGGAAAAUCUCCGAGCAACCGGUGUUUCAGCCACAUACCAAACAAGCAUCAUGCCUUUCCCUUUCUUGGCUCACAAGCAAGGGUUCUACACUGUCACGUGCCACCCUAAAAACCUUGAACACAUUCUCCGAACCCGGUUUGAUAAUUACCCGAAAGGACCUAAGUGGCAAACCGCAUUUCAUGAUCUUUUGGGCCAAGGCAUUUUCAACAGUGACGGUGAAACAUGGAUAAUGCAACGUAAAACCGCGGCCCUCGAGUUCACGGCACGAACAUUGAAACUAGCUAUGGCUCGAUGGGUGAACCGGUCCAUUAAAAACCGGCUAUGGUGUAUUUUGGAUAAAUCGGUUAAAGAUAAUGUCUAUGUGGAUUUACAAGAUCUUUUGUUAAGAUUAACGUUUGAUAAUAUUUGUGGACUUACGUUAGGUAAAGACCCUGAAACUCUUUCACCGGCAUUACCUGAAAACCCCUUUUCUGUUGCUUUUGACACCGCCACUGAAGCCACCAUGUACAGGUUCCUCUACCCAGGUCUAAUAUGGAGGUUUCAAAAACUUUUCGGCAUAGGAUCCGAAAAAAUGUUAAAACAAAGUCUCCAAAUCGUCGAAACAUACAUGAACAACGCCAUUUCAGAUCGUAAGGAAACCCCUUCUGAUGACUUAAUGUCACGUUUCAUGAAGAAACGAGACAUAGACGGAAAGCCAAUCAACGCCACGAUUCUACAACACAUCAUCUUAAACUUCAUCCUUGCUGGAAGGGACACGUCAUCAGUUGCUCUCAGCUGGUUCUUCUGGCUGGUCAUGAACCAUCCGAAAGUUGAGGAGAAAAUAAUCAAGGAGUUAACCACUGUUCUUGAGGAAACUCGAGGAGGGGAAAAGCGGAAAUGGACAGAGGAUCCGCUUGAUUUCAGUGAAGCGGAUCAAAUGGUUUAUUUGAAAGCAGCAUUGGCGGAAACACUGCGUUUGUAUCCAUCAGUGCCGCAGGAUAUCAAGCAGGCGGUUGUGGACGAUGUUUUCCCCGAUGGAACGGUGAUUCCAGCGGGUUCAACUGUUACAUAUUCCAUUUAUUCUGUUGGGAGGAUGGAGAAAAUAUGGGGGGAAGAUUGCUUGGAAUUUAAACCGGAGAGGUGGCUUUCGGUUCGGGGUGAUCGAUUCGAACCACCUAAAGAAGGGUUCAUGUUUGUGGCUUUUAAUGCUGGACCUAGAACUUGUUUGGGAAAGGAUUUGGCUUACUUGCAAAUGAAGUCAGUGGCUGCUGCUGUUCUAUUACGUUACCGGCUAUUGCCGGUUCCCGGUCAUGUUGUGGAGCAGAAAAUGUCUCUUACUUUGUUCAUGAAGAAUGGGCUUAAGGUUUUCUUGCAACCACGUAAGCUUUGAAAAGGGCUGCCACAUCAGCUUGGAUGAAGGAUGUUUUCAUUGCAGGGAAGAAAUUCAGAGAAGUUUAUUUAGAAUUUAACAAGAUGCAUUAUUCCCACUUGUGUAUGUAAAUGUAUUCAUCUUGUGUUGAAAAUUUCCCUAAAAAAAAAUCUUGUGUUGAAAAUUUAGAUGUUGUUAUUUCAUAUUUGUGUUUCAAUGUUUUUUAAUUUGGAUGUUGUUAUGUAAAAAAUGGAUGUUGAGA